AUGUUUGUUCUACCUCUUUCUUUUAAUCUCCAACUUCGAUUGAAUAUUUAUUUUUCAUAUUAUCCAAUUUAUUUUCUAUUUACUAACAUUUACUGUAUUAGCAUUUUCAGAUUAGUAUUUUAUUAACAAAGAAAGGCUUCAAAAAUUAGAUUCUGCUUGUAGGGAAACUUAUAAUUAUAAUUAGUUCUUGUCUCUUUGUCUGUGAUAGAGCAAAGCAAGAGCUAUUUUCUUUCAUCUACAAAUAAUAAAGUAAUUAUCAAUGUAAAAACACCCAUAGGCUCACUUGCUGCAAUAAUUGAAACAUACAUUUAAAUAUCUUAUUAUAAUAUAUAUAUAUUUCCUCUAUUCUUUUUUUACUCCUUCAUCUACUCACUCACUCAUUCACUACUUAUUUUUUUCUACAAAAUGUACUAAACUACAUUUCACCAGAUAAUAGAAUAUCUAUUUAAUUUAUAUAAAUCUCUUUAAUAGACAACUUAACACAUAUUUAAGGGUAUCUAUGAUUGCUUUUUAACGUUUUUCAUUUAUAUACCCAAGCAGCCAAUUGCUGUAGAAAAUAAAAAAUCCUUUUGA